CCACGAUUGAUCAACUUCUCAUUUUGUAAGCUGAUAAUAUGCUUUUUUGGACAAGAGAGAAAUCAUGGACCUCCUUAGUAACUGGACCUGCGCGUGUGGACACCGGAAUCAGAACAACAGAUGUUGUCAGUCCUGUGGUUCCCACAAGGAACGGAUGAGUUGUGCCCUCAGUCUUAAUCCAAUGUCUAUCCAUAGCAAUUAUCAGCCAUCUUUUCAGAUCUCAACAACAGACAGUGAUUGGCAGUGCUCUCGGUGUACAUACCAAAAUAACCCCGUGGAGACAUCCUGUGAGUUGUGCGGAUACAGCAAACCUGUUGAAGUUGAAGCAGUAAGACCAGAGGGAAUGGAUUCUAAUAAUACAUCUUCUGCACAGGACAAUGACGAAGUUCGAAUCAUUCUGGUCGGCAGGACGGGGGCCGGGAAGAGUGCUACUGGGAACACCUUACUCGGCAAAACUAUUUUCCACUCGGAUAUUUCAAAUUCCUCCAUCACCAAGAAAUGCAAACGAGGCUCAGUCGACCGUUUUGGCCAUCGUCUGCUGGUUGUAGACACACCAGGGCUUUUUGACACAGGGCUAUCCAAUGAGGACAUCACAACAGAAAUCCUGAAGUGUGUGGGCCUGACGGCCCCUGGUCCUCACGCCAUUUUGUUGAUAGUGGGGAUCGGACGUUUUACUCAAGAAGAAAAUGAAACCGUGGUCCUUCUCCGUAAAAUGUUCGGCGCAGAUAUGAUGAAAUAUCUCAUUGUUGUGUUCACUCGGAAAGAUGAUUUAGACCGAGGUAAAAAGACAAUCCAUCAAAUUGUCAGAGAUGCUCCGAAGUGUCUCCAAGAUAUUAUAAAUGAGUGUGACGACCGUUACUUUGCUUUGGAUAAUACCGGGGAUGAUCCGAAAAAUUCUGAACAACAGGUCCAAGAGUUAUUGGACAUGAUACAGUGCAUGACCAGGAGAAAUGGCGGGGACUAUUAUACAAGCCCUAUUUUUGAUGAAACAGAACUCGCAAUCCGGCAAAGAGAGCAAGAGUUAAAGAAGCAGUUAGAGACUGAAAGCAAAAAGCGAUUCACUAAACUUCGAAAACGACUCUCUGAAGAAUACCAGGAAAAGAACAAUAUAUAUAAACAGCACGAACAAUAUUUGUUGGAAAAGUUAGAAACGUUGGAACAACAACGAUUCAGUGAAAAUGAUGCUAUGUGCAAGAGACUCACCCAGUUACAAACAGAAAUGGAUAAUCUUCAGAUAGAAGCCAUCCCUGAGACGUUUGAAAUGGAAGAAGGGGGACACGUAUCAGGAAUUCAUCAAAAAAUUUCGGAAGUCAAACAGAAACUAGCGGAAGUCCGCAGAGAACAAGAUGAACUUUAUUCUAGAACUGUCUCUGCUAUUCCUGAUAUUGAUUCCACUCCUGGAUAUGUUGAAAAUGGCGGGUGGGAAGUGGUGCGUGAGAGUGUUCGAGAUGAAAUCGAGAGAGGAGACAAGAAUAUUUUAAAAAGAUUUUGGUCGAAUAUAAAAAAUGCUGGCCUUGGUUUACUUCAAAACUUUAAAGAUAUGUUUGAAAUUCUUAAACAAAGAGCUGGCAUUUCUUCCUCUUCGUGAGAAUAUUUAUCAAUUGAAAUGUUUUAUGAUGUUGUUUAUAUGCUCAAUAUCUAAAUGUCCCAGAAAUAAAUAUCUCUGUAUGAUAA